AUGCAAGAGAUAGUAGAAACAACGACUGAAUUAUUCUCAUCCGGAAUAAUUUCACACUUAAAAUCUAAAAUUGAACCUUAUUUGACAAGCUGUGAUAACUCUCAACUAAUUGAAAUUCAAAAUAUGUUUCAUAUUUUAGAAACUCCUUUUUUUAAACUUAAAACUGAGUAUCAACGUAUUAAAUAUUUUGAAUCAAAUAAUGUAUUCUUUAAACCAAAAACCAUUGUAUUAGGUUUUACAAAAGAGACUAAAAUUGUGUCUGGUGUCGAGCGACAGGUUAUGGUUCCGGUCCAAGGGCAUUUAUUUUGUAUAAAGGAGAACCUUCAACAUUUUUUUGAAUUGCCUGGUGUGUUUGAUGUGGCUUACCAAUAUACGGUUUCAUCUAUGAACAAUUCAAAUUUGUCAUCUUUUUUAAAUGGAUCUACAUGA